AGCAAAGUCGUCGGCUCAUUAGACAAACUGCGAGCUGCUGCUGCUGGUUCCAACGUAGGCCGAGCAGUUUCAGAUCUUCUGCAUCGGAGCUGCGGCGUGUUGUUUGGAAUCGCUUCGCUUUCCACUCCAAUAAUUGCGGUUCCCGAUCGAGUCGAGAAGUUUGAGAAAUGAAGCGGAUUCGAUCGGAUCUCCCAUUCGCAUUUGUUUUUGUUUUUGUGUUAGGAUUUUGUACAUUUUUCUCUGCUGUGUGCUCCUCCGAUCUUGUUAUCUCCAAGCUUGAUCGCCGGAUUGAUUUAUCAUCCCAUAUAGUGCGAUCGUCUGUAUCUCUGAAGGUAGAAAAUAAUGGUGCUGAUGCAGUGUCAAAUAUUCUGUUGCCGUUCCCUGAGCAUCAAGCAAAGAAGAUGGCUUUUCUGUCUGUGGUAGUUAGUGAGGGCAAAGGAAAAACAAAAGAAUCCUCUGUUAGUCUUCCUAUUGAAGCUUCCAAUCCAGAAGGAACACCACCAGGCUUGACUUGGUAUUCCGUCACUUUACCCAAGGCACUGGGAAAGGGAGGAAGCGUGUCGUUGGAGAUUAAAGCUGCAUUUACUCAUAUACUAAGCCCAUUCCCUGAGAAAAUAACUCAAUCUGAUGCUCAGCUUGUUGCCUUCCAAGAUGGUGCACAUUAUCUCUCCCCUUAUGCAAUCAAGGUUCAGUCACUUACUAUCAAAUUACCGGAGCCAAAAGUUGAAACUUACACAAAACUGGAGAAUACCAAGUUCUCUGGUUCAGAAAUUAAGUAUGGUCCUUAUGAUAACAUUCCUCCUUUCUCGUACAACCCAAUAGUAGUUCACUAUGUAAGCAAUAACCCAUUUGCUGUUGCUCGGGAGUUGGUACGAGAGAUUGAGAUUUCCCAUUGGGGAAAUGUGCAAAUCACGGAAGCUUAUAACCUUGCUCAUGCCGGUGCUGAGCUCACCGGGGAGUUCUCAAGGCUAGACUUUCAGAUGCGACCCCACAUUAGAGGAGCUUCUGCAAUAAAAAAUCUAGUUGCCAAGCUACCACCACGAGCUCAUUCUAUUUACUACAGGGAUGAUAUUGGAAAUAUUUCUACAUCAAAUGUAUUUAGUGAUUCAGCAAAGACACUACUGGAAAUUGAGCCACGAUUUCCUUUGCUUGGUGGUUGGCGAACUUCUUUUACCAUUGGAUAUGGCUUGCCGCUUGAAGACUUUUUGUUCAGAUCGGAGGGCAAACGUUUUCUUAACAUCUUCUUUGGCUGUUCAAUGAGUGAUCUGGUCAUUGAAAAUUUGACUGUGAAGGUUGUUUUACCAGAAGGGUCAAAAGACAUCUCUGUUUCUGUUCCAUUUCAGGUGAAACGAUCUCAAGAGACCAAGUUUUCCCACCUAGAUAUGGUUGGGAGGCCAGUUAUUGUAUUGGAGAAAACAAAUGUUGUGCCAGAACAUAAUCGACUUUUCCAGGUGUAUUACAGAUUCAGCAACCUCUCUCUCUUUAGGGAGCCAUUAAUGUUGAUUUUUGGAUUCUUCCUCUUUUUUGUAGCAUGUGUUGUAUACACACAUGCAGAUCUCACAAUCUCAAAGUCCUCCCCCUCUUAUCUAGCAAAACUUCAGUGGGAUGAGGUGCAAACUGCAAUUCAGCAGUUCCAAAGCAUCAUGAAACGAUGUGUGGUGGUUCAUGACAAACUGGAAGCAUCAUUGCGUGAUCUUUCAAGAACCGGUGAUGUGCAGGCAUGCAAAGCAUCACGCAAGGCUGCUGACAGUGCCCUUAAGGAACUGGCAAAGGAAUUGAAACCCUUGUUGUCAUUCUUGCAAUCUUCUCCACAGGCAGCUCAGAUAAUGCCCAAGGUGGAAGAGUUGGUGUUGAAGGAGAGGGAAUUGCAAGAGAAGCUGAUGUUGAAACAUACCACUGUUGUGGAUUCUUAUGAGAAGAAAUCUGGUGGUAGGGAUAUUGAGAAUCGAGUUGCGGCUAUUCAGCAGAAAAUUAAUCUCCUGAGACAGGAUUUCGAUGAACUGCUUGAAGUUAUUGAUGAGAUCUAAAGUAGAUCAGUGAUUACUCAGAACUUGAGAUUGUUCCAUAUGAGUUGAAGUGAAUUGGACUAAAAAUUUUGUUGAGGAUAUUUAAUUUUGUUAGAUACUGUGGGAUCUUAUGCAGUUUAAAUUAGCAUGAAUUACAAGAGAUAUACCAUAUUUUAGUUGGACAAUGUUUAAUGACUUUAUGAUCAUGGAUGGAUGCUUUGCCCAUUGUUUUUCCA